AUGCAGUACUGGGCCAGGAGGCUGGAGCAGGAGAUUGAUGGAGUAAUGAGGAUAUUUGGUGGAGUCCAGCAGCUCAGAGGGAUCUACAAUGAGAAUAGAAACCUGUUUGAAGUCAAGGAGAAUGUGCCCAGGAAAUUGGUGGAGAAGGUCGCAGGGGACAUCGAGAGCCUUUUGGCCAAGAAAGUCCGUGCUUUAAAGAGACUUGCCAACGCGGCAGAGAAGUUCCAGAAGGCUCACCACUGGCAGGACAACAUCCGGGAGGAAGACAUCGAGUACUACGACUCUAAGGCUGACACUGAAUACGAUGAUCCCGAUGGAGAAGAAAUUGAGAGGGAGAAGUCCAACUCCUUGAAGCUGGAGUUCACUGAUGAUACCAACUUCAAGACCAAGGUUAACUAUUCAUACGCUGCCGUGCAGAUCCCCACGGACAUCUACAAAGGCUCCACCCCGUGGAGGGCCCCCAAUAAGAUCGACCUCUACGAUGUGCGCCGGCGGCCCUGGUACAUCCAAGGUGCCUCCUCCCCAAAGGACAUGGUCAUCAUCGUGGACGUGAGCGGUAGUGUGAGCGGCCUCACCCUCAAGCUGAUGAAGACCUCAGUCUAUGAGAUGCUGGACACCCUCUCGGAUGAUGACUAUGUCAACGUGGCCUCGUUCAACGAGAAGGCAAAGCCGGUGUCAUGCUUCAAGCACCUGGUGCAGGCCAACAUCCGGAACAAGAAGGUGUUCAAGGAGGACGUGCAGGGGAUGGUGGCGAAGGGCACAACCGACUACAAGGCUGGCUUUGAGUAUGCCUUCGACCAGCUGCAGAAUUCCAACAUCACACGUGCCAACUGCAACAAGAUGAUCAUGAUGUUCACAGACGGCGGUGAGGACCGGGUGCAGGACGUCUUUGAGAAGUACAACUGGCCCAAUAAGACGGUGCGGGUCUUCACCUUCUCCGUCGGGCAGCACAACUACGACGUGACCCCGCUGCAGUGGAUGGCCUGUGCCAACAAAGGUUACUACUUUGAAAUCCCCUCCAUCGGCGCCAUCCGCAUCAACACGCAGGAGUACCUGGACGUGCUGGGCAGACCCAUGGUCCUGGCUGGGAACCGAGCCAAGCAGGUUCAGUGGACCAACGUCUACCAGGAUGCCCUGGGACUGGGCCUGGUGGUGACAGGCACGCUGCCGGUGUUCAACCUGACGGAGGACAGCAGUGACAGGAAGAACCAGCUCAUCCUGGGCGUGAUGGGGAUCGACGUCGCUCUCAAUGACAUCAAGAGGCUGACGCCACGAUACAACCUGGGGGCGAACGGUUACAUCUUCGCCAUCGACCUGAACGGCUACGUCCUGCUGCACCCCAACCUGCAGCCCCAGAUCAUCAAUUUCCGUGAGCCGGUGACGCUGGACUUCCUGGAUGCUGAGCUGGAAGAUGAGAACAAGGAGGAGAUCCGGAGAAGCAUGAUUGAUGGUAACGACGGGCAGAGGUUCAUCAAGACCCUCAUCAAGUCCCUGGAUGAGCAAUACAUCGACGAGGUGUUCAGGACCUACACGUGGGCCCCCAUCAAAAGCACCAACUAUAGCCUGGGACUGGUUCUGCCUCCCUACAGCACCUACUACAUCCAGGCCAACCUCAGCGACCAGAUCCUGCAAGUGAAGUUACCAAACAUCAAAAUGAAGGAUUUUGAAUACCUGCUGCCCAACAGCUUUGAGUCGGAGGGACAUGUGUUCAUUGCUCCCAGAGAGUAUUGCAAAGACCUCGACUUGUCGGAUAACAACACCGAGUUCCUGGAAAACUUUAUUGCCCUCAUGGAAAAGGUGACCCCAGACUCCAAGCAGUGUGACAACUUCCUUCUGCACAACCUGAUCCUGGACACGGGCAUCACGCAGCAGCUGGUGGAGCGGGUCUGGAAAGACCAGGACCUCAACACGUACAGCCUCCUGGCUGUCUUUGCAGCCACCGAUGGGGGCAUCACCCGCGUCUUCCCUAACAAGGCUGCAGACGACUGGGAGGAGGAACCAGAGCCCUUCAAUGCCAGCUUCUACCGGCGGAGCCUGGACAACAGGGGCUACAUCUUCAAGCCACCCUACCGGGAUGCCAGCUACCGGGGGCUGGACCUGGAGAACAACACCAUCGGGAUCCUGGUGAGCACCGCCGUGGAGCUUAGCAUUGGGGGCAAGACGCUGAAGCCAGCAGUGGUGGGGGUGAAGCUGGACCUGGAGGCCUGGGCUGAGAAGUUCAAAGUGCUGGCGAGCAACCGGACAGACCGCGACCAGCUGGGCGCCCGCCGGUGCGACCCCUCAACCAGCUGUGAGAUGGACUGUGAGGCCAACAACAAGGACCUCAUCUGCGUCCUCAUCGAUGAUGGGGGCUUCCUGGUGCUCUCCAACCAGGAGGACCACUGGUACCAGGUGGGCAAGUUCUUCAGCGAGGUGGAUGCCAACCUGAUGUCCGCCCUCUACAACAACUCCUUCUACGCCCGCAAGGAGUCCUAUGACUUCCAGUCCGUCUGCGCCCCCGAGGCCCAGAGCAACACGGGCGCUGCGCCCCGCGGCGUCUUCGUGCCCACCGUAGCAGAUCUUCUGAACCUCGCCUGGUGGACCUCAGCUGCAGCCUGGUCCCUCUUCCAGCAAUUCCUGUAUGGCCUCACCUACAGCAGCUGGUUCCAGACGGAGGAGGUGGCGGGGGACAGCAUGGAGGCCAGGGAGACAAGCUGCAUCAUGAAGCAGACGCAGUACUACUUCAGCACUGUCAACGCCACCUACAACGCCAUCAUUGACUGCGGCAACUGCUCCAGGCUCUUCCAUGCACAGAGGCUGGCCAACACCAACCUGCUCUUUGUGGUGGCCGACAAGCCCCUCUGCAGCCAAUGCGAGGCUGUCAAACUGCUGCAGGCGGAAGAUACCUCAGACUGCGGCCGUGGGGCUUCCUUCGCCCCCUCCCUGGGGGUCCUGCUCUCCCUGCAGCUGCUGCUCCUCUACUCCAGCGCCAGCCGGCACCCGCUGCCCCCGGCCGCCUGCCUUUAG